CGCCCGCAGAGCCUCUCACACACACUUGUGGAGUUCAUUCCAGCACCUGCAACCUCUGAAGCGCUCAACACCAGUGCAGUGAAUCUCCUAUGAUGGACGGCUGUGCGCAGAUCAGUAAAUGUUUCCUGGUCCUGUUCAACAUUAUCUACGGGCUGCUGGGCUUCAGUCUGGUGUCUCUGGGAUUGUGGCUCCGCUUCGGCGCUGAAACCAGAGGAUUCUUCGACAUCGACCUGAACACCAGCCAGUUCAACAUCGGUGUGAUGGUGCUGAUGGUGUCGGGUGCGCUGAUGCUGCUGGUGUCCGUCAUCGGGAACUGUGGAGUCUGCUGCAGCAGCAAAGGCUCUCUCAGUGUGUUCGACGGGCUGCUGUCUGUCCUCAUCCUCAUAGAGAUCUCUGUGCAGGUGUCUGAUGAGCUGGUGGAGUUCUACAGCACCGUCUACGCCCAGUACCUGAACACCCGGAGCGCCAGCCAGGCUGUCAGCCUCAAGAUGUUCCACGACACUUUCAACUGCUGUGGUGUCGGAGGGUCAAUCGAGCUGUUUGUGCGAGACACGUGUCCAGACGGCAACAUCCUGAAGCAGCUGACCUUUCCUGUGUGUGUGUGUGUGUGUGUGUGUGUGUGUGUGUGUGUGUGUGUGUGUGUGUGUGUGUGUGUGUGUGUAGAGCUGUCCC